AUGGAUAAUAAUUUAAGAUGUCAAAAUGGUGGUCAAUGUGCUCCUACUGAUGAACAUAUGAUAUUGACUAGAAAAUUUCUAUGUAUUUGGCCAAAAGGUUAUAUUGGUGAUCGAUGUGAAAUAGUCGAUAACAAAAUAAUUCUAUCAUUUCAAAAAAUUAUUAAUAAUAGUACACCGAUGAGAAUAACAACUUUUCGAACAAUUUCUCUUACACAAAAUUCACUUAUAAUUUAUUGGUCACAACCAUUUCAUCUUGUUAUUAUUGAACUUUUAAAUAAAAUUUAUUAUUUAGCUUUUAUUCAAAAAACUUAUGAACGAUCAACAACAAUUAAUAAAAUGAUAAAUCCAUCAGGUCGUUGUCGCCAUAUAAAUGAAUUAUUUAAUAAAACAUUUGUUCAGAUGAAUGUUCUUCGUCGAAUCAAAUAUUAUCAUUUACCAUGUCAAAAAUAUUCAUCAACUCUUUCUUGUUUUUUUUUUGAUGAUCUUCAUAUUUGUAUAUGUGAUGAUUAUGGAAAACAACGUUUAGCAAAUUGUUUUAACUUUAAUCAUAAUAUGAAAUUUGAUUGUUUAGGUCAAAGUGUCUGUGAAAAUGAAUGUCAAUGUUUUCAAGACACUUCAGAUUGUCCACAAAGAUCAAUGUGUAUUUGUCUAACAUGUGUUUUUGGAACACGAUGUCAAUUUAGUUCAAGUCGAUUUGAUUUAUCACUUGAUGCUAUCUUAGGCUAUCAUAUUCAACCACAUAUUAGUCUUCUACAUCAGCCAAAUAUUGUAAAGACCAGUUUAGCAUUGACUAUAAUUUUUAUGGUAGUAGGAUUUAUCAAUGGAGUUUUAGCUUUGAUUACAUUUAACAAUAAAACUAUAUGUGAAGUUGGCUGUGGUUUGUAUCUAUUAGGUUCAUCAAUUACUACUUUAUUUACAACGAUUAUAUUUGGAUUAAAAUUUUGA